UGCAAUGUUUUAUUUCUAAAAUGUUAACAAACUUUGUUACUCAACCACAAUUGAAACGUCACGUCGUCACGUUCGCAUGUUUUAUUAUUAUUUUAGGCGACUAAUUGUUUUCAACAUUUAUGGUUAAUUAAAUAUAAAAGUGGUCACAAAAUGUUGAUGUUCAUUCUGAAUUUAGUAAUUCGUUGAAUAUAAUUGUACAAAUAUGUCCACCUUCACAUUUUUGUUACUCUGCACCCAAGUCUACUUCAUACAGGCGGUGUACAACAAAUGCAAUUACGGUAACCCUCACGCACCUGAUGCCAACGCCGCAAUCAACGCUGCUGCCUUUAAUGCCGCUGCUGCGGCCAGAGCUGCUGAUUGGGAAGCUGGAUGGCCUAUUACGUACAAUCCCGCGCUGGCGAACAGCGGCAAGGGUGCAGGCAACGUGGCAGUGGUGGGUGAGCUGGGCGUCACCGGCUCCACGUUGGUCUCUGGUCUAGUGCCGGUAAUCGGCAUAGUCAAUUUCGAAGGUGAAAUCCCUGCUUCUGGCGCCGUCUCCGUCGCGGGAUCUUGUGGAUGUGGAUGUCGAUAAAAUUGGUUGACGAUAAAAUAAAUGUUU